AUGGUACGCAUCACUGCACCUGUACCAACAGUAGCAACCCACCACCUAUUCUUCGACCAAAACCUUGAUCUGAAGAACAACAAUCUAAGUAGUUUGCCUUCUCCCAGCCAUCAACUCGAGCUUCUACCACCGCUGCUGCGCUACCCCAUUCACACUUUUCCGCGUCUCCUCAUUCCUCAAACAACUACUUUCACCAUGAAGGAGCCAAAGAAAAAGAAAAGAAAAGAGGCUACAACCUCAGACAUAUUGCACUUGAUGGACGCUCUACCUUUUCCUAGACCCGUUGACAUCUAUACCUCAUUGAUAAAAGAGUGCACUGUUUUCGGUGACCCAGAAACUGCCAUUGAGUUGUACACCUACAUCUCCAAGAGCGGCAUGAAACCCCUCUUGCCUUUCCUCAAUCGGAUUCUCAUUAUGUUUGUGUCUUGUGGCCUGUUUGAAAAUGCACGCCACAUGUUUGACAAAAUGCGUGUUAGGGACUUCAACUCUUGGGCGACCUUGUUUGUUGCGUACUAUGAUAAUGCUGAAAAUUAG